CCCCAAUGCUGAGGACUGGACUUCAUCCCAGAAGUCUGGUCUACAGAGCAGGCUUAGUCUGUAAGGGCAGGAUCACAUGUCUGAAUCCUUCUCUGUGCUCAGCUUCCCUGUCCCGAUGGGAUGGAGCAAGGGCAUCAUUCACAGAGCCAGGGAAAUGUGUGCAGAGGGAAGAGAAGGCUUCUGCCCCGACUUCGCCUCCUGCUCCUUCAGGCCCCAGGUCAGGCGAGCGGAGGAUGCCUAACAGCCCGACCCAGUAGGGGAGGAUACUGCAGCUGCCUCCGAGAGAGAGAGAGGCCCGCAGAGGGAGGCGCGGGAGGCCGGCGGCGGCUCGGAACCCAAGAAGCAGCAAGGCCUGUGGAGCUUCAGGAGAGAGAGGAAGGCCCGCUCCUGUGCAUGGCAUGUGUAACAAGCUUUGGCAUUGGACGCAGCAGCGGGGGGGGGGGGAGGAAACGGAAGAAGUGAAGGGGCGGAGUCCAGAGUCCAGAAUUGUUGGGGAAAGAGUCCGCAGGAGCGGCCUGAGCUGCAGAAGAAGCCGGCCGCCACGAAGGGAGAGGGAGAGCCUCCAUUCCCUGCAGCCGGUCCCCUGGAUCUGGAGAGCGGGGCAAGAGGUCGGAAGCGCUGCCGGACACGUUGCACGUCCUCUUGGACCCGCAGCAGCACACUGACCCUGCGCCCGCCCGGGAGGCUCCUCCUCACUGCCGGCGGAGCCCUUUGGAUCAAGAGGAAGGCUCUGACCAGUUUUCUCUCUACACUGCAGCACUGUGACAACUGGAAGAUGAAAAAUGGGGGGAAAGCCAGGAAAGGAUUGUUAGGAGGUGACCGAUGGAAAAAGAGAAACCAGAAGAGACUGAAACCUGGAGCAGAAGGGAAGAGCAGGAGUGGAUCACCUGCUUCUCAGCAUGAAAUCCAACACGUAAUGAAUGAAGAAAGAGUGAAAAGCCUGUGCCCUCCUCAUAGGAAAGGCUUGAGUCUUGAGCCAAGCUUUGAACCUCAGUGGGAAAUGCACACAGGGAAGAAAAUGUGUGAGAGCUUGGAGUGUGGAAAUGGGUUCAGCAGGGGUGGAGCUCUUAAUCUGCACCAUAGAACCCACAGUGGGGAGAAACCAUAUGAAUGCUUGGAGUGUGGAAAGAGGUUCCGCAGUAAUAGAGAUCUUACUGUACACUAUAGAAGCCACACUGGGGAGAAACCAUAUGAAUGCUUGGAGUGUGGAAAGAGGUUCAGCCGGAGUGGACAUCUUACAUUACACCAUAAAAGCCACACUGGGGAGAAACCACAUGAAUGCUUGGAGUGUGGGAAGAGCUUCAACACUAGUAGACAACUAACUGUACACUAUAGAACCCACACUGGGGAGAAACCAUAUGAAUGCUUGCAGUGUGGAAAGAAGUUCAGCCAGAGUGCACAUCUUACAGUACACCAUAGAAGCCACACUGGGGAGAAACCAUAUGAAUUCUUGGAGUGUGGGAAGAAAUUCAGCAGGGGUGGAGAUCUUACAUUACACCAUAGAGGCCACACAGGUUAGAAGCCAUAUGAAUGCUUGGAGUGUGGAUAGAGGUUCAGCCACAGUGGAGCUUUUACACUACACCACAGAAGCCACACUGGGGAGAAACCAUAUGAAUGCUUGGAAUGUGGAAAGAGGUUCAGCAGAAGUGGACAACUUACUGUACACCAUAUAACUCACACUGGAGAGAAACCACACAGAUGUAUGGAGUGUGGAAAGAGCUUCAGCAGUAAUGGACAUCUUACUGUACAUAAAAUCCACACUGGUGAGAAACCACAUGAAUGUUUGGCGUUUGGAAAGAGAUUCAGCCAAAGUGGAAGUCUUAAACGACAUCUUACAACCCACACUGAGGAUAAGCCAUAGUCGGGACUAUGCAGACUAAUAAAUAGUAUAAAUCACACACAUGAAACUUCAGACAAGCCUGGGAAUGUUCCUCAUUUGUGUGAAAUAUAAAAUAUAAUGAGAUUUCUUUUGAUUAUUUGUUUUUCCCUUGUUGCUUUUGAAGUGUUUUGGGAAGCAGUGUUGGCAGAUAUGUAUUUUACCUCCAGUGACUGUUGCUGGUGUCUGUCUUAUGUUUCUUUUAGACUGUGAGCCCUUUGGGGACAGGGAUCCAUCUUAUUUAUUUGUUAUUUCUCUGUGUAAACCACCCUGAGCCAUAAAUAAAUAUAAAUACUAUGUGUCCGUGUUAUGUAUAAAUCUGCAUAAUAAGCUCAGUUAAUGAAUAUUAGUAUUUUACAACCUUUGCUUCUUUUUCGUUGACUGUGAAUACACUUUUGUGUGGGUCUCUGGAAUGUGGACCCUUGGUGACAUAUCCUAAAUCACCCUUUUCAAGAGGAGAUUCCUCUGCAAAGCUUCUCUCCAUGCCUUCUUUAGGGAAGGGUGUAAAUCACAAAUGAAUAGGAUUUUCCCUGCUCUCAGUCAGAGCUUCUUACAGUCCUGGAGAUGCAAAAGGGCCAGAAGAAGGCUGGGGCAUAGUAAGCUCUGAAGGGCCCAGAUGCUGAGCUAGAUGGACCAAUGGUCUGACUCACUAGAGGCCAUUGCUCAGCGGUAGAUCACCUGCCAUGAAUGCAGAAAGCUCCAGGUUGAAUCCCUGGCAUGUUCAGGCAUCUCCAGAGUUGAGAAAUUCCCCAUCAGAAACCUUGGAGAGCUGCUGCCUGUCAGUGUAGACAAUACUGAGGUGUCUGGACCAAUGGUCUGACUGAGUUUGUCAGUUUCAUAUAUACAUCUGAAACUGUACUUUUGAAACAGCCCAACUUAUGGAGUGGAGACUGUCUUGCUCGGCCUGAUGAAUGACCUCCAAUUAAGAACUGACAGAGGGAGUAUGACUCUGUUAGUCCUUUGGGAUCUCUCAGUGCCUUUCAGUACCAUCAACCAUGGUAUCCUUCUGGACCAUCUGAGGGUGAUGGAUGUAGGAGGCACCGUGGCUCGUCUCAUGCUUCUCUGGCACAUUUCGGAGGGUGUUUCUCCAUGUCAGCUUCUUCAGGAGAUGGCAUAACUUCCCUAAUCACCUGUUUGAAAGUGUUCCCUCUAAGGAGUAGGCAUGUGCGUGCACUCACACAUUUUUGGAUGCCCGCUCAGUUAGUUUUAGGUCCCACUCGGGUUGAAUCAGGAAAGCCCCAUUCUGAAUGCAGGUGCGCACACAGUGCUUUGAUGCUGCCACCCAGAACAAAACUCAUUCCGCUCAAAGAUGAAAAGAAUGACAGAGAACAAUACUGCCUGGACACAGAAAUUGGCUGGAUGAGGGAUAACAAAGUGAGGCUGAUUCCAAACAAGAAGGAAGUGUUCAUUGUAGGGAGCUGCAGUUCAGGAGAUGGGAUAGAUUUACCAUUUCUGGAUGAGGUUACACUCCCCCCCGAAGGAACACGUUUACAGUUUGGGAGUACUUCUGGACCCAACUCUCUCCCUGAUAUCUCGGGUGGAGACAGUGGCCAGGAGUGAGUUUUUUCUGCUUUGCCUGAUGCUUCUGGACGGUCUGAGGAUUCUGGGUAUAGGAGGCACUGUUUUACAGUGCUGCUGCUCAUACCUUGUUGUGAACAGGCCUACAUUUUGGGCCAAGUUCUGCACAUCUCCUGGUUGUUACAGAAGUCUGUUCUGAUCAAUGAGUUUUUAAAUGGUGAGGAAAAACAGAUGUACACAUUCGGGAAGGAAUCUGUUUGUCUCUGCAAUUCUGUGAUUUGCAGACUGUCGAGCUUCCAUCUCAGAGUUCAAGCUGACAUGGAGGAAGAAGGUUCAGUGCAUAAGCAUUACGGGGAUUUUGUUGUUUGUUGUUCUCAUAAGUUCCCUACGUUUUUCUCGGAAAUCCCCCUAGAAAUCGGAGAGCAAACACCAGGAGCCAUCUUCGCCAAAUUUAGUCAAAAUAAAGGUAUGUUUUCUGAUUUUGCUCAAAUACCCCCCAAACAGUAAAAUUGAUAUAAAAUCAUGCUACGCACUUUGGUACUUUGCCUCUCAGCAUUAACAUCAAUAUUAAGGGAGAGAUGGCGUGCAUGUAAGCUAGCUGAUUGGUCAAAGGAUCUCUCCAAGAACCUAUUGCCAUCAGGUGUGAACCUGAUGGCGCUUAGGUUCAUUCCUGGUUGUAAGUAUAUUAAAUCAAGGGACUAGAUUUUAUUUUUAGGAUUGCGUAUAACGUUCAGAACUAAGUGUGGGGAAACUUAGAAAUAUGAGUUGUGAGUAUGAUUAACCAAUUCUGUCAUCGAGCUUUGAAAUGUGUUUUAUCUUGUCAUAGACUGUAGAAUCUAACCUGUAAAAAGAACAUCAGCUUCUAAGAGAUGCUUAAUCUCGGAGAACCUUCUCUUAACAACUCUUUUGACAACCACUUUUAAUUGUAUGUUAAUGGUAUACUUUACACUAUUUAACUAAUAGAACUGUUUUAAUAUUUUUAAAACCUUUUCUGCUUUGUUGUUAAUUAAUAGAGGGAAAUCGAUCUCUGAACUGGCUGUUUGUAAUUGAAACUUAUUUAAAAUGUGUAAAUUCAAAAAUGAUUGACAACAACCUCUUGGGCAGAUUUUAGAGGGUGUUGCUUGGAGGCUAUUGUUCUACAAAGCAAGAGCUUUUAUAUGGUGUUCCUCAGGGCUCCAGUUUGUCUCCAAUGCUUUUUAACAUCUACAUGAAACCAUUAGGAGAGAUCAUCAGGAGAUUUGGUGUAGGGUACUAUCAGUUCCCUGGUGAUACCCAAAUCUAUUUUUCUAUGUCAGCUUAAUCAGGGAAUGGCAUAACUUCCCUUGUUGCCUGCCUGGAUAUGAUAGUUCCAAAUCUACUUUUGUUGCACCGGUAGAUACCGCUAACAUCACGGUUUUUCAGAGACUGGUUGAAAGGGAUUUAGUACGCGCAGAAGGUGUCUAUAGUGAAAAAAGGAAAUUUUUAAAUUUAAAUAGAGCUGGACAUCUUACUUUGAACUCUUUUUUAGCAAUCCAAUUUAAUGAUUGUCAUUAAACAGGCUGAUAAAGGAGGGGCAGUUGUAGUGAUGGAUAAAAAAAGAUUAUAUCCAAGAAGUUCAGCGACAGCAACUGAAUGAUAGGUCCAAUUAUAUUUCUGGAGAUCCAACAGAUCGCAUCAAAUCCCUCAUUAAAGUUGUUCUGGAUGAAGCCAAUUUAAUGGGUAUCAUUUCAGAUCUAGAAUACAAAUUUUUGUACAAAACUCAUCCACGUGUACCCAAAUUCUAUAGUUUACCCAAAAUACAUAAACCUGGCUUUCCCACAAGGGACACCCCAUUGAAUCGGGCUAUGAUGCAGUUCUAGAACCAUUGGCCAUAUUUGUGGAUCACUAUUAAAAACCUUUCAUUUCCAUAAUUGAUACCUAUAUCCACGAUACCAAGGACCUCAUUCGUAAGCUGGAAGGCCAGGAAAUUCCACCUGAUGCCGUAAUGGCCUCCUUAGAUGUCACCUCCUUAUAUCCAUCAAUACCACUUGAGGAGGCUAGGAGAGUCAUUGAAGAGUUGUUUCUGUCUCGCUCUAUUCCCACUACUCCAACUUUUUUUCUGAUGGAACUUGUAGAUCUUAUCUUUGAAGAGAGCUUUUUCAGGUUUGAGAAUAAAUUUUAGAAACAGGUUCGAAGAUUGGCAAUGGAGUGUGCUCUUGCCCCAAGUGUGGCCUGUUUAUUUAUGUCAAAAUUAGAACAAUCUAUUAUUCUCAACCCACAAACCAAUCCCUUUUUUGAUCAGAUUUAUAUUUUCAAAAGAUUUAUUGAUGAUAUAAUGAUCAUCUAUAAAGAUCAGAGUAUACAUUUAAUGCCCUAGUAUUAUGGAUGAAUGAUAUCCAUCCAGAUAUCAAGUUCACUAGUGAAUAUGAUAUUCAGAAAAUCGCUUAUCUGGAUACAUGGGUAUACAAAGACCAUCAGAAUAGAGUAGCAUUUUCCCUAUAUAGGAAACCUAUGUGGAGGAAUUCCUUAUUACAUUUUGAUUCAUGGCAUCCUAAUCAGCAAAAGCGAAAUCUUCCUUCUGGCCAGUUUCUGCGCAUCAAAAGAAACUGUACACAAUCAUCCCAUUAUAAACAUGAAGCAUUUAAAUUGGAACAACAACUGAGAUGUAGAGGCUACCCUUGUGAUGUUAUCAAGUCUGCAAGAUCUAGAGCAGACCUGAUGGACACACAAGCACUUUAACAAGAUCGGCUACGGUCUCAACCUAAGGACCUUUGUUGAUCAUUAGACUAUACACCUCUGUCUUCCACGAUUAAAAAUAUCAUUAAUAAACAUUGGCAUAUUGUAUCAGAUAUUUCUGGAUGCAUCCGCCCACCCCAAUAUCUUUCAGGAAAACAAAAAUCAUCAGGAAUAGAGUUAUCAAUACUAAUAGAACCACCUAAUAGACCCAGUUUUACAGGCUUUUCCCCAUGUGGCAAUUUCGCAGUUUGUCCGUUGGCUUUCAACAUGCAGGACAUUCGCAAUCCCCACACAGGAGAACCUAUUGAAAUUAAUUUUCUUGCAAACUGUAGAACAAAGUCAGUGGUUUAUGUGGUGGUUUGUCCUUGCCAGAAAUGGUAUAUAGGUAUGAAAGAGAGAUCUGCCAAAGCAAGGAUUUUGGAGCAUAAAUCUCAGAUUAUACAUCUAGUAGAACAGGAGCACAUGAUUUUAAAACUAAACAACACAGAGCUGAGGAUAUGAGAUUUUUUUGUAUUACAUAGGUUUACAGCUGAUCGUUACAAUAGUAGAGAUAUACAGAAAACUUUACUACAAAAGGAGGUGUUUCUGAUCUACUCAUAUUCUACCCUAGAACCCACAGGGUUAAAUACAUCCAUAGACUGGUCCUGCUUUCUUUAAGCACCGGCCUCAUUGACUAUGUUGUUCAAUGACAGCAUCUUCUUUUUCGCUGUUCAUUCAAUAGAUCUCUGCACCCGUUCAGGUAUUCAGGCUCAAUUAUUUGAUAUCUGAGGCUAUUGAUUUAAUAUAAGAACCUGCAAAUUGUUCAAAUUAGAUUAUCUGCCCUCAGUUAAUGUUGUUAAACUGGCAGCAUCCCAGGCUACUAUCAGAAGGUCGAGUAUGUUUAUUGGGAUGAUAUGCAGCUGUUCUAUUAUCUAAUUAGGCAGACCUGUUUAAGAAACACGAUAUAUAAGCCAAUAAGGUUACCAACACAAACUACCACGCUAUACCUUCUGUAAGCAUGUGAGCUCUUUACAAAGCAACAUGGGUUUAUAUCUCUUGUCAGUUGUUAUACUUUACUUAUGUUUUGUAGUUUGCAUUAUUGAAGUUUUGUAUUUUGAGGACCAUUUAUUACUCUGUUUCUGUCACAGAGUUUAUGCUGUUGUGUUAUUGAUAUUCAGUAGCCAGUCUUGUUUAUAAAAGUUAUUUGGAAAUAGUUGUUUUGUAACAUAAGUUCUUAGGUUGUAUGAUGUUUUUGUAUAAUAAGAAAAACUUUAUACAUUAUAGGCACCUUCUGUGGGCUUGCAAGAUUUUCACAAAGCAGCAUGCCUUCACAGCAUCAGUUUUUCAUCAAUGAUUUGAUUCAGCUUGGCAAACACAGAGACUUUGUGGUAGACUUAUCAUGCCACUUGCUUCUAUUUUAUGACGAUUCAAACACAGUUAUUCUGGUGUUUUGUAGACUCCACUGUGCAACCUGCUUCUAUUUCAUUAUUAUUUGUUACUAGUAAAGAUUUUGUAUGAUUACUAUA